AGAGAAAGACGGACGGACCGAGAGAUACAGUGUUAGAGAGAGAAAGACAGAUAGAGAAGGGGGUGCAGCGGCAAAAAGGAGAUGGUGAGACGCGCGGCGCACGCUAUCUGUCCUCCUCCAGUAGACAUCCUUAAGAUCAUCACGCGGAGGGAGAGGAGAUUGAAACGGCUGCCGCGAGUGCCGGGUUAGCAGAGACAGGAGAAGACAGUAACCCACGCGGCAUUCCUGCCUUGGCGAUUAACGAUUGAUUUUGGGGUGUUAAAUGUUUUGUGGUUAUUCGUAGAGCUCAAAGCCUGGACAUAGGAAUGGAAAAAGACAAGCAGCCUACAUUUGCCCGAAGGAGACGUCCAAGCAGGAUAGGAAUCAAACUGGAAUAACCUAUCCACGAAUUGAACAGCCGCUUUCAACAUGUUUAGAAGAGGUGGUGGCGGGUUAGGUGUGCUCCAGCUGCUGGUACUGUGUGGAUGUUUGGAGCUGUCCUCCCCAUGUCCUCGAGACUGUAUCUGCUACACCUCUCCCAGUACAGUGUCCUGCCAGGCGCACAACUUCCUGUCCGUGCCUGAGGAGAUCCCUGCCCAGAGCGAGAGGGUUUUCCUGCAGAACAACCGGAUCCAGCGUCUGCUACGAGGUCACUUCAGCCCCACCACCGCCAUGCUGUGGCUCUACUCCAACAACAUCUCCUACAUCCAGGCCUCCACCUUCCACGGCUUCACCCGCCUGGAGGAGCUGGACCUGGGGGACAACCGCCACCUGAGGGCCCUGGCUUCGGACACCUUUCAGGGCCUGAGCCGGCUGCACGCCCUGCACCUCUACCACUGCGGGUUGCUCAGCCUACCGCCGGGGAUCUUCGAAGGGCUCAGUAGCCUGCAGUAUCUCUAUCUACAGGAUAACCAGCUGGAGUUUCUGGAGGAUGACCUGUUUGUUGACCUGCUAAACCUCAGCCACCUCUUUCUCCAUGGCAACAAGCUGUGGUCCCUGCACCAGAACACCUUCAGGGGACUGGGAGUUCUGGACCGUCUCUUACUGCACCAGAACCGUCUGCAGUGGGUCCACCGCCUGGCCUUCCACGAUCUGCGUCGCCUCACCACCCUCUACCUGUUCAACAACUCCCUGGCAGAGCUGUCUGGGGCGUGCCUGGCUGUGCUGCCCGCCCUGGAGUACCUGAGGCUCAACGACAACCCCUGGGAGUGUGACUGCAAGGCCCUGCCUCUCUGGGAUUGGCUGCGGAGGUUCCGCGGGUCUACGUCAGCUCUGGGGUGUGUGUCACCCCCUGAGCUCCGGGGCCGGGACCUGAAGGGCCUGAAGAAGGAGGAUCUGCCCAGCUGUUCGGCAGGAGAAGCCGGGGGAGGGGGUGUCGUAGGCGGGGAGGACGAACUGGGCGAGUCCCUGGUGAAAGAGGAGGACCACCGACUGAAUCACCGGAACCACCGACACCGCCACAACCACCACCAGUACCCGCACCUCCCCCACGGAGACCAACACAACGGGGACCCGCCCCCCCCGGCCUUGCCAAGGCCCCCCACAGGGAGCCGUAGGAACUGCACCCGCCACCGGGGGCGCAAGGGCAAGGCUGGGGGUCAGGGGGGGGUGAAUGAGGUGCAGGGCGAGGGGGAGGAGAAGGACUACGACCCUGGAGAGGCUAAACACGACCCCUCCACGCCCCCACGCAGGAGGAACAAGUGUGUCCCCAGGACUUCAGUUGGCCCGCCCAGCGGGGUCCAGAGAGUCAAUGGUAAUGCAGCGUGCCGCCCCACUGGGGCUUUUCUCUGCCUCCUAUUGGCUGUGCUCCUGUCCAUCACGGCCGUGAUCCUGCGGUGAGACUGGGGAGGGUUUACACUUGACUGGUGUUUUACCCACAGCACGGUACACUCGUCUGUGAACGGCGGACUCACUCUGGCUCCUGCACGGAGGUGUGUGAUUCUGUGUGUGUGUGGGUGGGCGGGUGUUUGCGAGCACGUGUGAGUUUGUCUUAGUGUACUGUAUGGAUGUGUACCUGUGACAUAUGGAAGGGAAGGUCUUUGGGAUACCCGUCGCUCUUUGAUUAUGUCAUAAAGGGGAGACAGUGGCUCACCUCCGGAGUUCUGAUUUCUGUGGUUGAUCGACUGAACUGAGGAUUUCAGGAAAGGUCUUCUGCUACCGCCGGGGACGACGUCUCAGCACAGACAGACAAAACGACCCUGCUGAACUUGCCGUACUGUAAAAACAUCUCUAAAAAUAUCAGUCCACUGGGUUCUGUGAUGCUGUGUUUCUAAGUUCAUAGUGUGAAGAGUGUCCAUGUUUGUCUGCCCACUGCAAAACCAACCAGACUUUUACCACAAUUAACUGUCAUUAUAACCUCAUCCUGAAAGGGAGAGAACCCUGAAGCGAGAAAGGGAAUAUGGGAGAAUGUGUGUGUGUUUAAAUAUGAUUGUGUGUGCGUGUGUGUGAGAACAUGCAUGUUGUAAAUGAACCAGUCCCUUGACCAUUUCGGUAAAGGGACAAUACAGUAUACAAGCCAUUCUAUUUCUAGAGAAAGAAAGGGAGGGAAAUUGAGAGGACAGAGUGAGAGGGAGAGAGAGGACAGUGAAAGAGAUGGGAGAGAGAGAGAGAGAGGAGGUUAGAGUGCCUACAGUAAGUCUUGAUUCUCAAGAGAUGCAAAAGCCAAGAGGUUAGAGGACAGUGAUGGCUGACAGAGCAGUUGAGAGGUUAUUGGUCCCUUUCAUUGAUCUAUUGAAUUUACUUCUCCCACAGCCUAAGAGCUAGUAGCAGGGCCUGCCGUAUAUGGACAUACACAUCAGAGAACAAGAAUGAUGGAAUGAUUGAAUAAGGAUGUGAAUUCCCGGCUGUCCAAUUAAGGGUGAAGUGAAUAAAUGCACUCCCCCCGCACCCCCCCCCCGCCA